AUGACAACAGUAUCCAAGAAGAGCGUUACCUUCAGCUCCAACGUCACAGGUAUUCAAAUCAUGAACAUUGACGACUACACUCCCCGCGAAAUUUCGGCGUCGUGGUACAACCAAGAAGACAUGGAUCGCAUUACCAAUCGGUGCUUCAAGGUACUGACAAGAAUGGAAAGUGGAGCUUCCAACAACAAAGGCAAGAAGUGCUGCAUGAGAGGCCUUGAGGGCCAUACAACGACCGGUGCCAUCAGCAAAAACAAGAACCGAGCCUCCGCAUACGCAGCAGUUCUUAUGGAACAAUCCAAGCAAUGGAUGAGAAACGAAGUCGACGAGCAAGCCAUUGCGGAUGCCUACAGAAGCACCACUUCCAGCUGUCAGCUAUGGGCCCAAGUCGUUGGCAAACAUGAUGAGCAUACUGCCGAAUACAUCUACUACAUGGAAGAGGAAGACGGUCUCAAUGAGACGACUAAUGUUACAUUCUCCCACAAAUCCAAAAACUGUAAUGCUCUAAGUGUUGAGGAAAGAAUAAUGGACCAAGUAGAAAGGCCAAUCAGAUUUCAACAACAGGCCCCUCUUGCGAUUGCCGCGUGA